CAAGGACAGGCCGAGCAGAUCGGCAGUCUUGGCGCUGCGGCGGUCGCGACUUUCGGUCAGCUGUGUCGCGACUGUCCGGUCUGGAGAUCACAAGAACCAAUUGUACAGCGGGCAAAACAGGCACUCCCAGCACACCGGAACCAUCAAUUGUCCAGUGACCAGAUCAGCUUGGAUAGUGCCCCUCUGAGAAGAAAGCUUUUUUUUUGGUUUUGCUUUGUUUUUGGCUCAAACAAGACUUCAGCAUGUCAAGCAUUCAGAGAGACCCUGGCUCUGCAAACUCAGCAGAAGCCAAGAAAACAGAGCUGAGGGUGAAUGAGAAGAAAUGCUCUUGGGCCUCCUAUAUGACUAAUUCACCAACAGUGAUCGUGAUGAUUGGCCUGCCUGCGAGAGGAAAGACCUACAUGUCGAAGAAACUCACACGUUACCUCAACUGGAUAGGAGUGCCAACCAAAGUGUUUAACUUGGGUGUGUACCGCAGAGAAGCUGUCAAAUCAUACAAGUCCUAUGAUUUCUUCCGCCAUGACAAUGAGGAAGCCAUGAAAAUAAGGAAGCAGUGUGCUCUGGUGGCUCUGCAGGAUGUCAGGGCCUAUCUGACAGAAGAGGGAGGCCAAAUCGCCGUGUUCGAUGCAACUAACACGACAAGAGAGAGGAGAGAUCUUAUUUUGGCUUUUGUGAAAGAGAACGCGUUUAAGGUGUUCUUUGUGGAGUCAGUGUGUGACGACCCAGAGGUCAUUGCUGCUAAUAUUCUGGAAGUAAAAGUAUCCAGCCCAGACUACCCUGAGAGGCACAGAGAGAGAGUAAUGGAUGACUUCCUCAAACGAAUAGAGUGCUACAAGGUUACCUACCAACCUUUAGAUCCUGACGAGUAUGACAGGGACCUAUCCUUUAUCAAAGUGAUGAAUGUUGGUCGGCGUUUUCUGGUGAACCGGGUGCAGGACUACAUCCAGAGUAAGAUUGUGUACUACCUCAUGAACAUCCACGUGCACUCUCACUCCAUCUACCUGUGUCGGCACGGGGAGAGCAACCACAAUGUUGAGGGACGCAUUGGAGGAGACUCUGAGCUUUCUCCUCGUGGGAAACAGUUUUCCAAAGCCCUGCGCAAUUUUAUUGAGGAGCACAAACUGUCCGACCUGAAGGUGUGGACUAGCCAACUGAGAAGGACCAUCCAGACAGCAGAGGAGUUGGGUGUGCCCUAUGAGCAGUGGAAGAUACUCAACGAGAUUGAUGCUGGUGUGUGUGAAGAAAUGUCCUAUGAAAUGAUCCAGAAGUCAUUCCCUGAGGAGUUUGCUUUGAGGGACCAGGACAAGUACCACUACCGCUACCCAGGAGGAGAGUCCUACCAGGAUCUUGUUCAGCGUUUGGAGCCAGUUAUCAUGGAGUUAGAGAGACAAGGCAAUGUGUUGGUGAUCUGCCACCAGGCUGUGAUGCGCUGUCUGCUAGCUUACUUCCUGGACAAGAGCGCAGAUGAUCUACCAUACAUGAAAUGUCCACUCCAUACGGUGCUCAAGUUGACCCCUGUUGCAUAUGGUUGUAAAGUGGAAAUGUUUUAUCUUAAUGUUGAGGCAGUGAACACACACCGUGACAGACCUCUUGAUAAAGUCCCGAGGGACCCUGCUCCCAUACACCGGCGGAAUAGUUACACCCCCUUGUCCAGUCACGACCAGGUCAAGCGUCCCAGGCUCUACAGUGCGGGCAACCGGCCCUGGCUCCCCCUCGCCCCCACCCCAUCAGCUCUGAUGCCAGAGGGACAGCAAAGCCAACCUCGGAUAGGAAGCAGUUGUGUGAGUCCCUGUGUGAAGGAAUCGACUCUGACAGCCCCGAAGAAACUAGUGGCUGUGUCCGCUUCUGAUUGAGCCCAGAAGAAAGCCUCUCUGCUCGUGACACUAAAUUAGCAAAAGCUCUGGAGCCUGUGAUAAACUGAAAGCUAAGACUAAUUUGUAUCAUUACUCAAGGUAUUAAUGUGACAGUUCGCAUUUUUGUUUGUAUCAUAUUAUAUGAAAUGAUUGUUGAAGGACGAUUUUUUUUGUAAAUGAGGCUUGACGAUCAGUGUGGUUUCAAGGUCAUUUUUGCAGUCUCUUUCUGUGUUAUUCAUCUUGACUCUGCAUGUUAAGGCUCUGGAAUGGAAACAUUAUUAGAAUAAACACCUCUUGCAUGUGUGCCAAACUACAUAAAUCAACCAACAGAACACAUUUCAUAUCUGUUAACUAAUCCUGAUAGUAAAUGCUGCAAUGCCUUACUCACUGUAUAUACACAUAUUCUGAAUGUCAGAGAAACAAAGUGUGUAAUGUUAUGAUGACACUCACCGUCACUGUUAUGUAUAAAACAUGUUUUCAUAGAUCUAGAGUAAGAGAAGUAUACAAUGUGGAAAGCUGGUGACCUAUUUUGGUAUGUGGUUAAAAAGUAGAUGCUGUGAAAAUAUUUUUAUAAUGCAAGUCUGCUGAUGUACUGUAGAAGUAAUCUGUAGCUCGAAUGCUUGUUAGUUGUAUAUUUCCAAGCCAUCAUUUGCCAUUUCUUUGAUUUGAUUAGGAUGUGAGAGAAUGCACUGUAAAUCAUGGUUGAUAGUUGAAGGAAGCUGAUAAUAUAUGGAAGCACUGUCAGAUAUUGUUAAUAUUUUACUCUCUGUUGCUGUACAUAUUGUAUAUCACAAAAAGAAACACUUUUUUUUUUUUUUUUUUAUCUCUGUCACAAACUGCAAGCCACGAUCAUAAUGUAUGAAGGAACUAUUUUCCAAUGAUGCAGCCAUUUCUUCCACCUAAGAUUUCUUUCACUAAUGUAUGUUUUGCUGUAGUAUUAGUAUAAUUAUGACUAUAUGGUUGAUGACUGCUGAAAACUUAAUGUCCUGCUGCCUAUUUGUGCCUUUUAGCAGACAGUGGAAAUGAAUUUGAAGGUGACAAAGAGAAGUUAUUGUCCAAAGGGAAAGAACUCUCAACCAAAUCUGUUAUCUUUUUUCAAUUCCAAUUUUUAUUUAUGAUAUUCAUUAAUUGUUCCCUGUUCAGUUCAGCUGAAACUGUCUCAAACACUAUUAAAGUACUG